AGCGGACGGGCGGGCGCCUCCUGAGCCAGCGGCUGCUUGAGUGGCGCAGAGCAGGCGGCGGCGGGGGGACGCGGGGCCGUGCCGGCAGCUCCUCUGGGCAGGGAUCCUUGGGCGCCGCGAUGUCUUCUCCGGCCAAGGCGAAGGAGGUCUUCUCCUCAGACGAAGAGGGGCCCGCCGCCGGGGCCGAGGAGCACCGCAAAGUCAAGGUCUCCAGCUUGCCGUUCAGCGUGGAGGCGCUCAUGUCCGACAAGAAGCCCCCCCGAGAGGCCAGCGCGGGCCUGGAGGGGGCCGGCUUGGGGACGUCCAGGCCCCUGCUCUUGCCCGGCCACGGCUCCAGGGAAGCGCCCAGCCCCGGGGGGCUCACGAAAACCUUCGAGACCUCGUCGGUGAAGUCCGAGAACUCCGAGGAUGGGUCGUCGUGGAUCCCGGAGGCCGGCAGAUACUCCCCGCCCCCAAGGCACCUGAGUCCCACAGCCUGUACACUGAGAAAGCACAAGACCAAUCGGAAGCCUCGAACACCUUUUACCACCUCUCAGCUGCUGGCUUUAGAACGUAAAUUCCGGCAGAAGCAGUACCUUUCAAUUGCUGAAAGAGCCGAGUUCUCCAGCUCUCUUAACCUCACAGAGACCCAAGUCAAAAUCUGGUUCCAAAACCGAAGGGCCAAGGCAAAGAGACUGCAAGAAGCCGAGCUGGAAAAGCUAAAAAUGGCUGCCAAGCCCAUGUUGCCUUCUGGCUUCAGCCUCCCUUUCCCCAUCAACUCCCCCAUCCAGGCCGCCUCGCUCUAUGGAACGUCAUAUCCCUUUCAUAGACCUGUGCUUCCCAUCCCACCUGUAGGACUCUAUGCUACUCCUGUCGGAUAUAGCAUGUACCACUUAUCGUAAGAAGAUGGGAAAGUAUCACGGCAAUGCUAUAUAGACUUCCUGGUGGAUCUUGCCCCGUCCAAGAGUGCAGUACAAAAAACCAGUACUGGUUGUUUUCCUGCAUGCUUGUAUGUGCCUUAUCAAGUAUAUAGGAGUUUGAAAGUAAAGCAGAGCCUGUGUUCUGCAGGUUGGGGAACCAGCCAGGUGUGAUCUCAACUCUCAAAAACUGAUCCUGAAAGAAAGGUGUUUUGUUUUUUUCCUGAAUGCUUAAACUAAUAUAGUUUGUUUAUAUACUGCAGGGGGUUGGGAGGGAGAAGGGCUCAAACUUAAAUCAUGUGUUUUCAGGGCAUACCGUAUUUGUUUCCUUAUGACGUUCCCUGUGGAAUACUGAGAUGUGGGCCUUUU